AUGUCUGGACGAGGUAAAGGUGGUAAAGGCUUAGGCAAAGGUGGUGCUAAACGUCAUCGUAAAGUACUUCGUGAUAAUAUUCAAGGUAUAACAAAACCAGCUAUUCGUCGAUUAGCAAGACGUGGUGGUGUUAAACGUAUAAGUGGUCUUAUCUAUGAAGAAGUACGUGGUGUAUUAAAAAUAUUCUUAGAAAAUGUUAUUCGUGAUGCUGUUACUUAUACUGAACAUGCUAAACGAAAAACUGUUACAGCUAUGGAUGUUGUUUAUGCACUUAAACGACAAGGACGUACAUUAUAUGGUUUUGGUUCAUAA